AAAGGCCGCGCGUAAAAUAAUAUGUACACCAAUUUUAAUUUUGUAGGGACGUAAAAAUUAUAUAUUCGCAUAUGCGGCUUUAAUUGGCAUGGAUCAUCUGCUUAAUUCCCGGCUUUCCGUUCUUUCGAAAAAAAGCAUAUGUAAAAAAAAAAAAAAAAUAAAUAAAUAAAUAAAACCGCAAAACAGAUUAUGCAGUAAAUAAAAUCAACAUAAAAGGGAUGAUACAUCCAUGUACCACUAUUUUGAGGAAAACACAACUUUUCCUUUGAGGAGAUAAAAAUUUUCUUCGCUUAAAUUUUGAAUUAAAUCCUUAUUAAAAGUUAACCUUUCACGAAAAAAAUGACGACUAAAGUGAAGAGAGUUCAAACCUUUGGAAAGAAGAAAACGUCCGUUGCCGUGGCAACCGUGACCAAUGGAAAGGGUCUAAUCAAAUUGAACGGAAAAAAUCUUGACCUAGUGGAGCCACACAUAUUGAGGACCAAAGUAUACGAACCCUUAUGGUUAAUUGGAUCAGCAAAAUUAAAAAACCUAGACAUUCGUAUCCGAGUGAAAGGAGGUGGUCAAACUGCUCAAAUUUACGCCAUCAGACAAGCCAUUGGAAAAGGAGUCAUUUCAUAUUACCAAAAAUAUGUGGACGAAUCUACGAAGAAAGAAUUAAAGGAUGCUUUACUAAGGUACGACAGAACGCUGCUUGUUGGAGACACAAGAAGAUGUGAACCCAAGAAAUUCGGUGGAAAGGGUGCUCGUGCCAGAUACCAAAAAUCGUACAGAUGAUUUUACUUUAUUGUUCACAUUAUUUUUUUUUUCAUUUUAAUUGUU